AUGGAUAUACUAAAUCAAUUAAAAGAAUAUGGAGAGUCAUUAGGGUUGAAAGACGAGGAGUUAACAACUUUCAUUAGAGAACAACAAGCUAUUCAGAGAGACGAGAGAAAUGCGGAGAGAGAAUUAGAAAAGAAAAGACUAGAUUGUGAGGCAGAGAAAGAGAAAGUUUCAUUGGAGUUAGAGAAGGAGAGAUAUUGGUAUGAGAUUGAGCAGAUGAAAGUUGAGAAAGUGUAUGAAUCACAGGUAGUAAAUACAAGCAAAGAUGUGCAAUCUGAUCACAGUCAAGGUCGAGUUACGCCUAAAGCUCCAAAGCUUCCUGUAUUUAAUGAAGAACAUGAUGAGAUGGACAGUUUCCUUCUCCGAUUCGAAAGGUAUGCAGAAGCACAAAAAUGGGGUGAAGAGAAUUGGGCUGUUAACUUAAGUGCGCUUUUACGGGGUAAAGCUCUAGAUGUUUACUCGUUAAUGCCCAAAAGUGAGGCCUUAGACUAUAAGAAUUUGAAGAAAGCUCUACUGAGACGGUUUGAACUGACGGAUGACGGAUUUAAGAAAAAGUUUAGAUCUUGUCGACCUGAUCAAUUGGAAACUUUUGCACAAUUUUCAGUUCGCCUAAGUAGCUAUUUUGAUAGAUGGAUAGAAAUGGCAAAAGCACCAAAAACAUUUCAGGGUUUGUACGAUCUUAUGUUGCGUGACCAAUUUUUACAUAUUUGUAGUCAAGAAUUACGUUUAUUUCUGAAAGAGCGCAUUCCAGAUAGUCUUAAGAAAAUGGCAGAUCUUGCAGACCAAUACAAAGAUGCUAGAAACCUGAGCUCAGUCCAGGCAGUAGAUAAAGGUAAGGGUUUAUUGCAGAAGAAACAAGAAACAGUCAAGAAAACAUACAGUGCUAAGAACAGAGACAAUGUGCAUAUGAAGACAACAAAUACAGGUAAGUUUGUACCCAAGUCAGAUAGAAGAUGCUUUAAGUGUCACAGAGUAGGGCAUAUUGCUUCAGAAUGUAAAGCCAAACCGGUUGUUGGUAAUGUAUCUGAAGUAAGAACCGAAGGAGAAUCACCUACUGCACAAAUAAAUGAAAAACCAGUCUGUUUUGUGAGUACUUUACCUUCAGAUUCUAUCAUAGAUUCGAUGGUGAACAUGUCGCCCACUACUCUUACUUCAGCUUGUCAGAAGUCUGUAAAUUUUUCCAUGCCUAUCUCUGCGGGUUACAUCAACGGAAAUCCUGUGACUGUUUUGAGGGAUACUGGAUGCAGUGGAAUUGUUGUACGGAAAUCCAAGGUAAGUGAGAAAGACCUUGUAGACAGUAAGCAACAGGUGUGUGUCUUAGCUGACGGCUCAAAAAUUACAGUUCCUGUAGCAGAAGUGUUCAUCGAUACUCCCUAUUUGUGUGGUUAUCACAAGGUAUGGUGUAUGGAAAAUCCAGUGUAUGAUUUGAUAAUAGGAAAUGUUCCAGAUGCAAGACUUCCAGACAAAGCAGACGAGAAUUGGCAGGUCAACGCAGUAGAAACGAGACAACAGAAAAGGAACAGAGAGAAGCCUUAUCCACCUCUGAAGGUACCCAACAUAAUCACAGACGUAAUAGAACCACACUGUAUCAAGACUGCACAAGAGGAGGAUCCAACCCUUACUAAGAUUCGGGAUUAUGCAGAACAUAAUACUGUUCACCAGAAGAAAAACGGUAAGGUAAAAUGGUAUAAAAAGAAUGGUUUGCUUUAUCGAGAGUUUGUAGCGAACGACGACAGCGUCAAUAAGGUAUUUUCUCAGCUUGUAGUUCCAGAGAAAUUUCGCGCAUUAGUCAUGAAGUUAGCACAUGAUUCUUUAUUAGCAGGACAUCUAGGUAUCCAGCGGACAAUAACCAGGGUUAACUCAGAGUUUUUCUGGCCAGGACUCCAGAGUGACAUCCGACGGUUUUGCCAGUCCUGUGAUAUAUGUCAGCGUACUCUUCAAAAAGGUAGGGUGAGAAAAGUGCCUUUAGAACGUAUGCCAUUAAUUGAUGUACCAUUCCAACGAGUUGCACUUGAUAUAGUGGGUCCGUUAACUCCAGUCACGGAAAAGGGUAACAGGUACAUACUUACUCUAGUAGAUUAUUCAAGCCGUUAUCCAGAAGCCGUAGCUUUGCCAAGUAUAGAGACAGAAAGAGUUGCAGAAGCGUAA